AUGAAGAGGCGAGAAAAGAAGAUGCUCAAUCGAGGCCUGGAGGACGAGAUGGAAGUGUGGGGGUAUCGUUGGUGUGUGUGGAAACUGAUCUUGGUGGGCAUCGGUGCCCUUUGCACCGGCGGUCUCUUACUGCUCGUCCUCUACUGGCUGACAAGUUGGGGGGUUAAAGCCACCUGCGCCAGAAGCUCGCUGCGGAAAGCUCAAGUAGUGCUGCUGAGAACCACGGAUGAUUUUAAGCUAUGGUUUCGCGCCAGGGUACGUGUGAUGUUGGCGCCUGGGACGACACCCUUUGAGAGCGUGGAACCUAACUCCACCAAUUCGUUAUUGAACGUAGACGACCGCCAGCGCGUCAAAGGCGAUCCAUGUAAGGAGCACUGCGGGAACUUCAGAAACGCAGCGUCCGCCAAGGUCCACUACUUUACUCACCACAACAUCAAAUACUUCUGGCGUGAACGGACACAGAACUUUGAGUCUUACAAGGGUUUAGGGGACACCAAUGCCAGCUGUGGAGAAAUUCAGACUCAGCACAGUUCCGGACUCAGCAAAACGCUCCAGGCCUACAGAGCUUUGUUCUUCGGUGACAACGAGAUUGACGUCAAGAUUCCGCCCUUACCCAAACUUUUUGUCAAAGAGGUCUUGAAUCCCUUUUACAUCUUCCAACUCUUCAGUUUUAUUCUGUGGAGUCUUGAGGAUUACUACCUUUAUUCUUUGUCCAUGUUUUUAUUGACCGUUCUUGUCAUCGGCGCCUCUUUGUACAGCAUUCGAAGGAAUUAUGUGAAAUUACGUAAAAUGGUGGUAGUGCACAGCAAGGUACACGUUUCGGUGUGCAGAGGAAAUGAAGACAUCGAACAGGUGGUGUCCUCCAAGCUGGUGCCCGGUGACAUCCUAACUGUUCCGGCCAACGGGAUGUACAUGCCUUGCGACGCUGUGCUUAUUUGCGGCACCUGCACUGUGGAUGAGAGCAUGUUGACAGGGGAGAGCGUGCCUCUUAUGAAAACCAGCGUUCCGAGCACGGGCGAGAAGGCCAAGCACGUCUACAGUACAGAAGACCACAAGCACCACACCCUUUUCUGCGGUUCCCAAGUCAUCCAAAGCCGUUUCCGCGGCGACGAGCCGGUCAAGGCGGUGGUGGUCCGAACGGGCUUCAGCACAGAAAAGGGCCAGCUGGUGCGUUCCAUUCUUUACCCCAAACCCACCGCCUUCAAGCUGCACCGCGACGCCGUGCACUUCAUGAUGUGUAUGGGGGUCGUGGCGGCCAUCGGCUUCGUCUUCGCCAUCAUCAGCGACGUCGCCAACGAGGUUCCAGUCACUUACAUCGUCUUUAAUUGUUUGAACAUCAUCACCGUCGUCCUGUGUCCGAUAUUACCCGUGACCUUGACUGUCGGUCUUUACGAAGCGCAGCAGCGCAUGAAGCGAAUGGGCAUCUUUUGUGUCAGCCCGCUAAGGAUUAACAUCACGGGUCAGCUCAACCUCAUCUGCUUUGACAAGACUGGAACCCUUACGGAGGACAGUUUGGACUUGUGGGCAAUUCAGAAAGCUGAAAAUGGAAUGUUUUCUCCCCCGGACACUAAGGUUGUAACGGAGAGUUUAGCAAACACUUUUUUUGCCUGCAUGUCCACUUGCCACUCGCUGACCACCGUUGAGGGUAAACUCUGCGGAGACCCUUUGGAUCUCAAGGUGUUCACUGCCACAGGCUCGAUUUUGGAGGAGCCCACAGAGAAACAGAAUGAAAUUUACAUGAACAUUUCCAGUCUCGUGAGACAUCCGGAGCAGUCGAGCGAACUGGGCACGGUGCGGCAGUUCCCCUUCUCGUCGGCGCUGCAGAGAAUGAGCGUGGUGGUCCAGCAGCUGGGACAAAAGCACUUGGACGUCUACAUGAAAGGAGCGCCGGAGACGGUGGCCAACCUCUGCAAAGCGCACACGGUCCCCCAGAAUUUCACCCAGACUCUGGAAAGUUACACCCAGAAGGGCUUCAGGGUUAUCGCCCUGGCGCAUCGUCAACUGGAGUCUGAACUGUCUUGGCCUCAAGUCCGGAGUCUCAGCCGCGAGCAGGUGGAGACCGACGCAGACUUCCUGGGUCUGAUCAUCUUGCUGAACAAAAUCAAAGAACAGACUGCCGACGUCUUGCUCGACUUGCGACGAGCCAAUAUUCGGACUUUAAUGGCUACGGGUGACAACAUGUUGACGGCGGUGUCGGUGGCCCGGAGCUGCGGGAUGAUUCGAGACCACGAGAAAGUCAUCGUCGCUGACGCCGUGCCUCCCGACGAUCGAUAUCCCGCCAGCGUCACCUGGCGCUAUUCCGAGAACCCCGUUCCCUGCGGCGAUCGGAUGCCAGAGAUCGGCUUUGCCGGCGACGGGUCGCAAAGUACGGAGGACCCGGGCUAUCAUUUUGCGCUGAGCGGCCAAGCCUACGCUGUCAUCAAUGAACACUUUCCAGAACUUGUGCCCAAGCUUCUCCUGAGAGCUACAGUGUUUGCCCGAAUGACUCCAGACCAGAAGACUCAGCUGGUCCAAAGCCUGCAGAAUAUGGAUUACAUUGUUGGGAUGUGUGGCGAUGGCGCAAAUGACUGCGGGGCCUUAAAGAAAGCUCACAGUGGGAUCUCUCUUUCGGAGCUGGAGGCCUCUGUGGCUUCCCCAUUCACUUCCUCCAUCCCAAACAUCUCUUGCGUUACCGCCAUCAUCAGGGAGGGCCGCGCCGCUCUCGUCACAUCUUUCUGCGUCUUCAAGUUCGUGGCCCUUUACAGCCUGAUUGCAUUUCUUGCCAUGAUUCAGCUCUAUGCGGUUUUCAGCAAUUUGGGGGAUUACCAGUUUCUUAUUUUGGAUCUGUGCUCUGGUAUAUUACUCCCCUGUACCAUUUGUCUGAACCCUACGUGUCCGAAGCUAUCGCGGAGCGUCCCCCCGACGCGGCUGAUUUGCGCCCCGGUGCUCUUUUCCAUUCUGUCGCAGACCUUCAACUGCCUCCUCUUCCAGAUAGUGGGUGUAUACUUGGUGCAAAAACAGCCGUGGUAUGAGACCACUGACCCAAAUUUCUGCUUUAGGAGCGAGACCAACAAUGAUGAUCUCUUCAGCUUCGACGUGAUUGAAAGCGAUGAUGUCUAUGUCAGGACCUUUGAAAACACCACCCUUUUCUAUAUCAUCUACUUCCAGUGUAUAGCUGUGGCCAUUGCCUUUAUCAAAGGCAGACCCUUCAGAGAACCAACGUAUAAAAAUUGGGUAUUUAUUUUGAGCUGCGUCAUCCUGGGUGGGGCAGUCCUAUUCAUCAUGCUCUAUCCCAUUCAAUUCAUCGAUGACCAUUUGAUGAUUUCGUGCGUUCCCUACAACUGGCGCUUGACGCUCAUCAUCUUUAUUGCGGCACACGCCCUUGUGGCCAUCGUACUGGAGAAUGUCAUCGUUGACGUCCUGUGGAAUAUCAUUGCCACCAAAGUGCGCGCAAUGAGGAGCGGCAAACCCAGGGCUGUUAAACCAAAGCAGAUGGUGACUGACCAGAAGAGAUGUGGCUUCUUCUCCAAAGCCUUUUGUUGUAAAAAGCGCCCCCUAAAGAUUAAAUACAAGAGUCUGGCUCUGAAAUUGAUGGAAGAGGCGGACUGGCCUCCCGCACCCUCUUCUACCACCUAUUCCAGCGCUCCUCACCUGCGCACCUCUGUCGCCCUUUGA